AUGUUGGGAUCAUCCUCCGUGAUCUCUCUCGAUCAAGUAGGAAUUGGUGCAGCUGUAGUUUGUCUUCUCACUAUAGCUUACUUCGCUGCAAACGUCCUCUAUAAUCUUUACUUUCAUCCUUUGAGAAAGUACCCGGGUCCGAAGCUCCUCGCAGCUUCUCGGAUCCCAUACCUCAAAUGGAUGUUCUCGGGGACUCUUGUGCCUGAGCAUAGAAAACUGCAUGAGCAAUAUGGGCCGGUCGUUCGAACAGCGCCCGGGGAGCUCUCGUAUAUCAGUGUAGAGGCCUUGAAAACCAUCUACGGUCAUCGUCAGCCAGGAGAAGGCUUCCGAAAGAAUCCGGCUUUCUUUCAGCCAGCGACCAAUGGCGUCCACUCCAUCUUGACCUCCGAAGGAGAUGCCCACAGUAGGGUUCGCCGGACUCUUCUGCCCGCCUUUUCCGACAAGGCGCUUUCGGAGCAGCAGGACAUUUUGCAGCAUUUCACGGGACAACUGAUCGAGAAAUUAGGGGACAGAGUCAAGGACACAGGGUCAAAACCAGUCGACCUGUUCGAAUGGUACAUCUGGACUACUUUCGACUUGAUUGGAGAUCUUUCGUUUGGCGAGCCGUUCAACUGCCUUGAACUUGCCCGCUUUACGGAAUGGGUCGAGCUUGUAUUUAAUGCGUUCAAGACUUUUGCCUUUGUCAAUAUCAGCAAGCAGUUAAGUCCUUUGGACAAGAUCGUCAGGCUGAUGAUUCCAAAAUCCAUGAAAGCCCGACAAGAUAAAGUUUUCAACUUGAAUUGUGACAAGGUUGACCGGCGAAUCGCAUCAAAGUCAGACCAUCCGGAUUUUCUGUCUUACAUUAUCAAAAGCAGAGAGGGAGUGGCAAUGCCAAUCCAGGAGCUGUACGCAAACUCUACGCUCAUAGUCCUCGCCGGGAGCGAGAGUACCGCGUCCGGUUUGGCAGGCAUAACUUUCCAGCUGCUCAAGCACCCCGAGGCUCUGAAGAAAGCCGUUGACGAGAUCCGCGGCGCAUUCACCAGCGAACAGGACAUUGAGCCUGACAGGGUGAAGCGGCUCCCAUACCUCGCCGCCAUCGUCUCCGAAGGUCUGAGGAUGUAUCCGCCCUUUCCGGAAGGGCUUCCCCGCCUCACGCCACGCCAAGGGGCCAUGAUCUGCGGCCAAUGGGUUCCGGGCGGCACCUACGUCCAAGUCAGCACCCACGCGGCUCACCGCAGCACAGCCAACUUCAAAGAUCCAGACGUCUUCAUCCCGGAACGCUGGCUCGGCGACAAGGAAUUCGCGACCGAUAACAAAGAAGCCUCCCAACCCUUCUCUCUCGGUCCCCGUAGCUGCAUCGGCAGGAAUCUCGCCUACCUCGAAAUGCGCCUCAUCCUCGCCCGCAUGCUCUGGAGCUUCGACAUGCACCUCUCCGCCGACUGCCAAGACUGGGACGAGCAGGACAGCUGGAUCCAGUGGGACAAGAAACCCCUGCUGGUGCGGUUGCGCCCGGUCGGGAAGCCGGAAUAG